UGGUGCAUGCGCAUGAUUCAUACUUAAAUUUUUAGAAAUAUUUCAUAACAAAAAAGAUUGUGUGUCAAAAUUUUGCGGCGUAGAGCGUUAAAAAGAGAGAGGAGAAUUAAAACUUUAUUUUCAGUACAAUUGCGUUUGACGUUGUACACCACGAACUCAUCUAAACUGGCAGAAGAUUGCAUCAGUCAAUUUAUAUAUAUACAAAAAAAUAUCUAAAAGCCAGGUUGGCAGUGAAAGCAAUUAGGUGAAGUGGCAAAGAUAUCUUUGACAAACAGAAACAAUUAAUUCAAUAAUUAACAUUCAUUGCAAAAGAAGAGACCACGUAAUAACUAAAGUAUUUCUGGCUACUUGUUACAAAAAUGAAGAAAGAGAAACAAAAGAACGCACCUGCUGAAGCCGGCAAAAAAGAAUUAAAUCCAUGGCCAAGCUAUAUCGAAGAGCGUAAUGUGCUCUGGGAAAAAUUGAAGGUCGAGCGUGAAGCUGAGUUGGCUGCCAAAACCCGUACGCCUAUUAAGGUAACUUUGCCCGAUGGCAAGCAAGUAGAUGCAACCUCAUGGGAGACCACACCUUACGAUGUUGCGAAAGGUAUUAGCCAGGGUCUGGCUGAUAAUACCGUUGUGGCGAAAAUUAAUGGUGUAGUGUGGGAUUUGGAUCGUGUACUUGAGGAAGAUUGCAAUUUGCAGCUUCUGAAAUUUGACGAUCCUGAGGCUCAAGCUGUUUUUUGGCACAGUUCAGCGCACAUCAUGGGCGAAGCUAUGGAGCGCAUAUAUGGUGGGCAUUUAUGCUAUGGACCACCAAUUGAUAAUGGUUUUUAUUAUGAUAUGCAUUUGGAUGGCGAUGGUAUUUCUACCAACGAUUAUUCUAGUAUGGAAGGUCUCGUGAAGCAGAUUGUUAAAGAAAAACAACCAUUCGAACGUUUGGAAUUGAAAAAGGCCGAUUUAUUGGAAAUGUUUAAGUACAAUGAGUUCAAAGUACGCAUUUUAAACGAGAAAGUCAAUACGGAGACUACCACCGUGUACAAGUGUGGUUCACUUAUUGAUCUUUGUCGUGGUCCUCAUGUACGUCAUACUGGCAAAGUUAAAGCUUUGAAAGUUACCAAAAACUCAUCUACUUAUUGGGAAGGCAAAGCUGACGCCGAGACCUUGCAAAGAGUUUAUGGCAUUUCAUUCCCUGACCCCAAACAGUUGAAGGAAUGGGAAAAGAUACAAGAAGAAGCAGCUAAACGUGAUCAUCGUAAAAUUGGUCGAGAACAGGAAUUGUUCUUCUUCCAUGAGUUAUCACCAGGAUCGUGCUUCUUCCAACCACGAGGUGCACACAUAUAUAACACACUGAUGACAUUCAUAAAAUCAGAAUAUCGAAAACGUGGUUUCCAAGAAGUCAUUACACCAAAUGUCUUUAACUCAAAACUGUGGAUGACUUCGGGUCAUUGGCAGCACUAUGCUGAAAAUAUGUUCUCAUUCGAAGUGGAGAAAGAGAAGUUUGCACUUAAACCGAUGAAUUGUCCAGGGCAUUGUCUCAUUUUCGACAACCGCAACAGAUCAUGGAGAGAAUUACCUCUACGUAUGGCUGAUUUCGGUGUAUUGCAUCGAAAUGAACUCUCUGGUGCACUUACUGGGCUUACACGUGUACGUCGUUUCCAACAAGAUGAUGCGCAUAUUUUCUGCGCACCCGAACAGAUAAAGAACGAAAUGAAGGGUUGUUUGGAUUUCUUACGUCACGUAUACACCAUAUUCGGUUUCUCAUUCAAUCUCGUUCUAUCGACACGUCCAGAAAAGUAUCUUGGCGAGUUGGAACAAUGGAACGCUGCUGAGAAGGCGCUCGCCGAGUCUUUGGAUGAAUUCGGAAUGGAUUGGAAAGAAAAUCCCGGUGAUGGCGCUUUCUACGGCCCAAAAAUUGAUAUUACCAUUAUGGAUGCACUGAAGCGUGCUCAUCAAUGUGCUACUAUACAAUUGGAUUUCCAGUUGCCAGAGCGUUUUAAUUUGAGUUAUAUCGCCGAUGAUGGCGAAAAGAAACGACCGGUCAUAAUCCAUCGUGCUAUUCUCGGUUCGGUAGAGCGUAUGAUUGCUAUUCUUACAGAAAAUUAUGCUGGUAAAUGGCCAUUCUGGUUGUCGCCACGUCAAGUGAUGGUUGUGCCCGUUGGUCCACAAUUCGAUGAGUACGCACAGUCUGUACGUGACCAGUUGCAUUCAGCUGGAUUUAUGGCCGAAGCUGAUACAGAUGCUGGCGAUACCUUGAAUAAGAAAAUACGUAAUGCUCAACUGGCGCAAUUCAAUUUCAUUCUGGUGGUGGGUGAAAAGGAGCGCUCCUCCGACACGGUGAAUGUGCGCACACGCGACAACAAAGUGCAUGGCGAAGUCUCAAUCAAGGAUUUGAUAACCAAGCUGAAUAAAAUACGUGAUGAAUUCAUCACAAACGAAGAUAGCUUCUAAGGUCGAUGAGACGAAAAAGUAUACCAGCACUAAGAUGAAGAAGAUACUGGGUUCCAAUAAUUUAUUUUCCUGCUAUUUGUAUUACCUCUGCAAAUUAUAAUUGAAUGCUUUGAAAGUGUUUGCAAAUUCAAAUUAAAACUAUUCGCAUUAAAAUAUUUGUGAAAUCUACUUUAUUCAAUAAAAUAUCUUUUAAAAUAAA